GAUCAUUUACGUUUCUUUUGGGACAACCAUUUUCCCACUGUGUGUGAAUUGAAUGAGACCGCGUGAGAGAGAGAAAGAGAGAGAGAGUAGUGAAGCUAGCUAAUCAUCCUCCUACUCAAAGUCGUCUCCACGUUCUCUUGCUGUCUGUAUGUAUCUGCCACUAUUCAUUUCUAUAUUCCAAUUAAUUCCUUUUUCUUCUCUCAUUUUUCACUUUUUCUUCACAAUUCCUACAAUACAUUGUCAAAAAUUUCACUUUUUGAGAUCUGGGUAUGCUACAUUUUGCCAUUAACAUUCUCAUUUACUCAUAAAAAUGCUUAAUUUAUUGAUUUCUUAUUGAUUUCUUUUCAUCAGCUUGGUUUCUUUUCCCAAUUUGUGAAAUUUCACUUUUGCUUUAGUAUUGUCAGGUUCUGCAGACUAUAAAAAAGUGAACUUUUUUUGUAAUUAGUUUGUGGGUAUUGAAAUUUGGGAACUGGGUCUUGCUGAUUGUGUUGUUUUAUGUGUAGAGAUAUUAGGAUUCAGCAUUGCUUGUUGAAGAGUUGAUCUGAAAUCUUAUGUUUGAUCUGAAUUGUUUCUGUUGCUCUGAAUCUUGUGAUUACUGUGUUUAUGGAGAAAGAAAGAUUCGAAAUUUGAGUGUUGUUGUAGGGUUUUGGAAUUUAGUGACUUAGUGAGUGUGUAAGUGAUUAUUUUUAGUGUAUUUUGUUGAAUUUUGAGGGAAGAUUUUGUAGUGUGAGUGAUGGCUUCAAUCACUCUUUCUCCAAAUGCUUCCCCCAUUGCAUUGCCUCCGUCAUCUAGUGCUGCUGUUUUGUCACCACCACCAACACCUAACACUUCUCAAUCCAAUCAAUCAUCUACUCCGCCGCAGGCCGUGCCUGCAACUUCUCCUCCUUCUCCGUCUCCACCGCAGGCCGUGCCUGUAACUUCUCCUCCUGCACCGUCGAAUGCACCACCACCAACUUCACCACCAUCACCUCCUGCAUCACCACCUCCUGCACCAGUUGUAACAUCACCUCCUGCACCAGUGGUAACUGCCCCUCCUCCAUCUAAAACUUCACCUUCUGUCCCAAAUUUGUCUCCACCACCUCCAUCAGCUGAUUCCCCUCCUCCUCAAUCAUCAAAGCCACCUCCUUCUCAAUCAAUUUCGCCGUCUCCUCCUCCUCCGGCCAAUGUACCAAAUCCACCUCCUUCUCAAUCAAUUUCGCCGUCUCCUCCUCCUCCAGCCAAUGUACCAAAUCCACCAUCUUCCAAUUCUCCUCCUGCACCACAAGCAAAGCCACCAAAAAGUAACACUCCUUCACCUCCUGCACCACAAGCAAAGCCACCAAAAAGUAAUACUCCUUCACCUCCUGCACCACAAGCCAAGCCACCAAAAAGUAACAAUCCUUCACCUCCUUCACAUGAUGCAUCUCCUCCAUCGGUUUCUCAAUCUCCUCCUUCCCCUUCCACCGGUGGUCCUCCUUCGGCUUCCACUGUUGUUCCACCUCCAUCUACAUUGCCAUCAACUCCUCCUUCAGUCCCUUCAGGAUCUGCAGCACCUCCAGCAACUUCUUUGCUUCGUCCUCCUACGAAUGAAACAGUACCUGAUGGUGGUCCAACUGAGAAACCAACUGCUAGACCAACUGUUGAUGGCUCUGGUAAUAUAGGCACGAACAACACGCCUUCAAAUUCAGGAGGGUUAAAGACCGGAGGAGCUGUUGCCAUUGGCGUCGUAGUUAGUUUAAUUGUUCUCAGCCUUCUUGGUAUGGCUGUGUGGUUUGUACAGAAAAAGAAGAAGGGAAAAGGACCAAGAGAUGAUUCUGCCGCACCUUCCCCAUUUGCCUCUUCUCAGAAUUCAGGUACAUUGUUCUUGAGGCCACAGUCUCAAGCUAAUUUUGUAGGGAGUGGCAGCGGCAAUGAAUAUGUGUAUUCACCAUCAGAGCCAGGUGGAGUAAAUAGUUCAAGAUCAUGGUUCACAUAUGAAGAACUUAUCCAAGCUACAAAUGGGUUUUCAGAGGCGAAUAAAUUGGGAGAAGGUGGAUUUGGUUGUGUCUACAAAGGUUUGCUCACAGAUGGAAGAGAAGUAGCUGUGAAGCAGCUUAAAAUUGGUGGUGGACAAGGGGAACGUGAAUUCAGAGCAGAAGUUGAGACUAUUAGUCGAGUACAUCAUCGUCAUCUGGUUUCUUUGGUUGGUUACUGUAUAUCUGAGCAUCAAAGAUUGCUUGUCUAUGAGUAUGUUCCUAACAAUACUCUUCAUUACCAUUUACAUGAUGAUAAAAUACCUGUUCUGGACUGGUCUAUCAGAGUUAAGGUUGCUGCUGGUGCAGCUCGUGGAAUAUCUUACCUCCAUGAAGACUGCCAUCCACGCAUUAUUCAUCGAGAUAUUAAAUCAUCAAACAUCCUUCUCGAUCACAACUUUGAAGCUCUUGUUUCAGAUUUUGGGCUUGCGAAAUUAGCGUUGGAUUCAAACACACAUGUAACUACACGUGUAAUGGGAACCUUUGGGUACAUGGCACCAGAAUAUGCGACAAGUGGGAAAUUGACUGAUAAGUCUGAUGUAUAUUCCUUCGGUGUUGUGCUUUUGGAGCUAAUUACAGGUCGAAAACCCGUAGAUGCCUCUCAGCCAAUUGGUGAUGAGAGCCUGGUUGAAUGGGCUCGGCCUCUGUUGAAUGAAGCCCUCGAGAAAGAGAACUUUGAAACUUUGGCGGAUCCAAGACUAGGAAAGAACUACAAUAGAAUUGAAAUGUUUAGGAUGAUUGAAGCUGCAGCAGCUUGCGUGCGUCACUCCUCGGUUAAGAGGCCACGGAUGAAUCAGGUUAUGAGAGCUUUCGAUUCCAUGGACGAGUCUACAGAUCUGAAUAAUGGAAUGAAACCGGGGCAGAGUUCAGUGUUAGAUUCUGGACAGCAAUCUGCAGAGAUAAGAAGGUUUAGGAGAAUGGCUUUUGGAAGCCAAGAUAGUACAAGUUUCUAUAAUGAGUCUCAAAGUAGCUAUAGGAGUAGAGACCAGGACUCUACAACUAUGUUCCCCCAAAAUCAAUCUCGGUCUUGGAACGUUCGAGACGACUCUUUAUAGCUGCACCAUGACUGCAGAAGUUUUCAUGUGCGUAUGCACAUAGGUCUUCCAUUUUGUACAUCUUUUUAUUUAUUUUUUAUACCGUUUUGGUUCUCAUUUUCCUAAUGCGAUUUUAUUUUGGUGGCGAGUGAUGAUUUCAGUAUCCAUAUGAUUUGUUGAUUGCCGGUAAUCAAAUAACUCAAUCCUAUAGAAGUUACAGAACUGUAUCUCACAAUGUCAUCAAGUCAAACUAAUUAUUGGAUAUUAUUUUUUCAUUCUUUUGAAA